GCGGCGCAUCUCUGCUCUCAGCAUCCAGGGUCCCUGGUGUCUCGGCCGCUCCUGGUAGACUGGCAGCAGGGUGGCGGGGUUAAAUCCUGCACUGAGGGACACAACUGACAUUUUUGGCUGUAACAGUGAAACAACAUUUUUGGUUGUCACUGUGAAACAGCAUGCCAGCGAUCACUUGCACCGACCACGGGGUGUAAAGGAAGAGAAAGGGAGGCAAUGUCGGAAGACGAGUCGCUGUUGAAGAACCGGACGGAACACGAACCGGGGCCGGACAAGGGGGAAGCGCGCCCUGCAUGGGCAAUCAUGGCGCUGGCCAGCGUGCUGAUCUUCACCACUGUGGUGGACGUCCUGGGAAACCUGCUGGUCAUUGUGGCUGUGCUUAGGAACCGCAAACUACGAAAUGUGGGAAACAUCUUUGUGGUGAGCCUGGCUUUUGCUGACUUGGUGGUUGCAUUUUACCCCUAUCCUCUGGUGUUGUAUGCCAUCUUCCAUGACGGCUGGUCACUGGGUGACACCCAGUGCAAGGUGAGUGGCUUCCUGAUGGGCUUGAGUGUCAUUGGCUCCAUCUUCAACAUAACAGGCAUUGCCAUCAACCGCUACUGUUACAUCUGCCACAGCUUUAGCUAUGACAAACUGUACAGCUAUCGCAACACGUUGCUGCUGGUGGCACUUAUCUGGCUGCUAACAGUCAUAGCCAUUGUGCCCAACUUCUUUGUCGGCUCGCUGCAGUAUGACCCACGAAUCUAUUCAUGCACAUUUGCACAGACAGUCAGCACAUCCUACACCAUCAUAGUGGUAGUCAUCCAUUUCUUUGUGCCCAUUGCUGUGGUCACCUUCUGCUACCUGCGCAUCUGGAUCCUGGUCAUCCAAGUGAGGCGGAAGGUAAAGUCUGAGACCUGCCCUCGCAUCAAGUCGAGUGACUUGAGGAACUUUAUCACCAUGUUUGUGGUGUUCGUGCUGUUUUCAAUUUGUUGGGCACCACUCAAUUUUAUUGGGCUAGCUGUUGCUAUCAACCCUGAAACAGUGGCGCCUCGCAUUCCUGAGUGGCUCUUUGUGGUCAGCUACUUCAUGGCUUACUUCAACAGUUGCCUUAAUGCCAUUAUCUACGGCCUGUUAAACCAGAAUUUUCGGAGGGAGUAUAAACGGAUCGUUAUGUCUUUGUGGAUGCCACACCUCUUCUUCCAGGAGACAUCACGGGGGUGUACUGAGGGCAUCAAAAGUAAACCCUCGCCAGGACUCAAUAACAACGACCAAGUAAAAGGAGAAACUUUAUGACGCUGUUUUCCUCUUCUUUCAUCUCCUUGUUCCUCCUCCUCAUUUUUCACUUGUGUAGUGCCAUCAUUUAGAUACAGAUGGAGAGAAACAGUGAGUGUUGAUCAGAUUGAAAAGAGGCAAAUUGACUACUAUAGUUGUGUUAUCUAUUUUUUUAUAGUGCUAAGGCUCACCAAUUUCAGUUUGUACUGAGUUAAUCUGAAACAUUCUUUUUAAAAUAUUAGUUGCUCUAAAAUUGAUUUUAACCUGGAUUUUAUAUUUUCAUACCUUCAUUGCUCAGCUAAGUAUACAGUAAAUCUCCACAGAUGAUGGUAAGUACACCUCAAAAUAAAUUUCCACUAAUAGAGUGAUCAUCAGUGAUAGCAUGUUGCAGGAAAAACACAAUCCAUUAAUCCAUUGAUUUGAUCCCCUGCUAAAUCUUGCCCUAGGACUAAAAGUCAGUUUAUUUGUCUAACAUUUUAGUUCAGAGCAUAACAUUUUGACAAUUACUGGCCUAAAACGCUCGCUUUUGUCUCACUGGGAAUUCAGUUAACAUUUCAUAGUUUACAUCUGAAGUGCACAAUUUACAUCCAAUGCUAUUAUUCAGUACCAUUUCAAGAAGCAGUGUGACCUGCAAGAGUGAGGGUGUAAAGGUUAAGGUGGUGGAUGGACGUGUGGCAUCUCUGAUUGCAGGUCAGACUUUGAUGCUAGUAUUGUUAAAAACACAUAAUUUAUGGGGACCUGACUCUGUAACUGAAGUCUCUUUUGGCCUUUCCUGUUUGCUUUUGUACCCCUCUGAAAACAGCACAGAUUUGGCAAAAUUAGGCGACAGUGGAGUUUGAAACAGUUUUUAAACAGGACAAAACAACAACACAUUUGUCAUGUCCUUUGUAACUUAUGGCUCCGUGACACUGAUGUUUAAAUGAAAGUAACAAAUGAAUGCAAAAGAGACCUGCAGAUGCCGUAAGAGACUGAAAACUCUGCUGUGUCUUGGUGGUAUUUACCUCUAAGUUUUGUUUUGUUUGACUAAGCAGCAAUGUUCAGUGCUACAACCUCCACCCUGUUAGUCUUUAGAAAGUAGUACCUCCAGAACAUGGCCCUUAUUGGGCCAGCAACUAGACUUAGAUCCUGGUUUCUCUAGGUAAAACACAGGAAAAGUUUGAGCAUUUAGGGGCCCCUACCUUGUAUUUUAUCCUUGCUAUUAUUAGAUUUUCAUGCUGAUUUUUGCAUCAUUGAUUUUUUUCAUGUGAUUUUCACAUUUUUAGUCUGAUGAUGAGCCCUAAACAUGUAUUGAAGUGUCUUAUGUAUCAUGUUCAGGAGCUUGACGGACUGGUGACUGGAGGUGCAGCAUGUCACACCUGGCUGCCUGCCCCUUCUGCGUUUGGCCAAUAUGUAUAGGAAAGUGAAGACGCCAAGAAAUUAGUAAUGUAGGUGCUUCACAUCAUGAAUUCCAUGAUGGUUGUCUGAAA